CGGAAAGAGAAGUUUAUUAAAAAAACGGGAAAUAUUUCAUAAUUUUUGGAAAUUUUGUUAAAUCUUUCAACUUGAAAGCUCACAAAAAGCCAAUUACUCAUCAUGCUAAAGUCAAUUUCGGUCAAUUAUACAUCAGAAAUUAGCAAUUUUAUCGAAAAAUUUAAACUUCAAGCUGCUAGUAAAAAAGAUUAUGAAGUUUUAAUUAUUAAAGACAUCCCAAAAAUUGCAAAUGCAUUUAAACUUCUCUCAGAACUAAAUUUCAAGCAACAAGUUGUUUAUAAACAAAUUUUAUUCAGCAUUAUAUUCAAAAUAAACGAGAGAGUCAAUGAAAAUCAAGAAGAGCAACCUCAAAUUUAUGAUUUUAAAUUUAAAGAUAAGCUUUUGAUUUCAUUUCAAUCGACAAUAGUCAAAGAUGGAAGUAAAACUUUUUGGAAAGUGCCUAGAAUUGAAAAAUUUAAAUCAAUAUACAUUGAUGAUGAUGAAGCUCAAGUAAUAGUUCACGAGUUUUUGGUUGGUGAAAUUAAAGCUGGAAGAACUGGAGUCAUUGAAAAAUUUCAACUUAAAAGUAACGUUCAGCUUCAAGAAAUCGGAGACAGUGAAGGAAGAAACCUUUUGGUCCUAGCUACAAACCGAAUUGAGACAAGUGCAGUCAAAAUUUUGCUUAAACACGAGUUCGAUGCUGAUGAGGCAAUUAAUCUUGCUUGGAGUCUAAUUGAGCAGAACAACAACAAUAAUGAGAAAAAAGGCGAUAUUGAUGAAAUAAUAUUAAGCCUCUUAAAAGCGAAUUCUAGAUUCCCUGAAGAAUUUGAAUAUGAAAAGGCUUCCGAGGACGUAAAAAAGUUUGUUGAUAAAUGUGAAAGCUUACAUGUAGACGCUGAUGAAGAUGAUUUUGACAGUCUUAAAGUAAAGCUUGAUUCUGAGCCAAAUCUUAUUCAUUUUUAUGACAGAUACAAUGAAUCGCUCUUAGCUUAUUCACUUAAAAUGCAAAAAUUUAAAAUUAUGGAGUUUCUUAACCGACCAAUUACGAAUGGACCACAUGAAGACCUUAACGAAAUCUACGAAAACAUGAAUAAAUCUGAUAAAAGGAAGCUCCGAGAAGUCCAUAAAUCAAAUGCAUACUCAUUUCCGGAAAUUCAUGUCUUAAUACUUAGAACUAGGUCUAAAAUUGGCAACAACGAUAGAUUUUCAAAUAAAAAAUGGAAGUUCGUGGAUGAAGCUUAUGAGACCCUCAAUAAAAAUGAUUAUUGUCGAAAAAUAAUGAAAUUGGCUGCAAAGUUUAAAAAGCUUAGAAUUUAUUUUGACUUUAAGCACGACUCAACUUACUAUAUGGACCCAGCUACUUCUUAUUAUUCUAAAGGUAUCAUUUAUGAAGGUGGAUCAAUAUUCAUUGGUGCACUUGAGUUGGCUGAUGAUGACAAUAAGUUUAAAGUGUUUGGUGUGCUUGCUCAUGAGCUUUGCCAUCUCGCUGUCUACACUGGAUUCAUGAAUAGAAAUUUUGAUCCAUUUCCAACCGGUGAGAGUGAUUUAAAAACGAGAUUUGUGAACCGAGUCAUGACACAAUGCAGAGAGCAUAAGGAAUUUGAGAAAACUAUUGCAAAUGUCUUUACAAGUUACUCAGAAAGUAUACAAGACUCAGAGAUGAUAGUGACUGUACCUCAGAUGAUGAUGCAAUAUUUAAAUGAUAAAGCUAAACUUGAAGAAAUUGAAAGAAUAUUUGAAGAAUUAUUCAGAUACAGCAGUGAAGUAGUUGAGCCUGAGCUAGACAGAGCAUUGAUAAUGAUCGAGAUAAUUGAAAAUGAGAAAAAGUCUGUAAAAUUUGAAACUUUAACAGAACCAAUGAAGGCGAGAAUAUUGCAUUCAGCAAUUGAAUUUCAAGGAGUUGAAACUUCAUUAUUUGAGCUAAUUGGAGAUAAUAUCGACAUCCUUAAUCUCCUUGAACCUAUCGAUAUUACAAAUAUAUUACUGAAUGACAAAACAAUUCAAAUUUCCAAAAAGUUAACAGAUCCUAAAUCUCCAAUAAUUGAGAGAUUUUUUUUAGAUUCUGAAUACUAUAAAUAUUUGAUGUAUCCGCAUGUCAUGACAAGUUCCCAAAGUAAACAGGAUGCAUAUGAAUCACUCAAGAGUCAAGUUGAGAAAUAUAAAUUCAACUUCCAAACAAUACACCAAGGAUAUAUGUCACCAGUUGUAAUGAUUGAAAAUCACGCAGGUAUUGGCAAAACCACAUAUAUGAAGAACCUGGUUGAUAAAUUUAAGCAAGUCAACAAAACCUCGUGGGUAUCUUUCAUUGCUUUGAAGAAUUGUUUAGAUGUUUUACAAAAUAUUGACAGAAAAAUUGAGACUUUUGAUGAAGCUGCAAAUUUUAUCUUAAAACUGAUCAAAACAGAUUCAAAGAUUGAAUCUAGCAUACUCAAUAAACUUUUUUCUGAAGGAAAAACGAUUUUUCUCUUGGAUGGCGUGGACGAGAUAAGUCAUAAAGCAGCAGAACAUUUGAGUCAAAUUUUAGAGUUGUUUGUAAGAAAUGAGAACAAAAAUCGAUUUUGGGUGUCAACAAGACCUAAUUGUUCUUCAGUUUUUUCAAAAAAGUGUUAUUGGCGAUCAGUUUGCAGUCUUGUACCACUAAAUGAUGAUGAGAAAAAAUGCUAUAUAAAGGAUAUAUUAAGGAACAACAAUAUCAUUGAAGAGUCAUCACAAAAUAAAAUUAUCUACGAAAUUACUAAUCAUUUAGAAGAUUUAAAGGAAAAGUCAAAUGCGAUAGAGGAAGUCCACAACUUGCUGAUGAUUCAAAUGGUCACGGAGCUUUAUAUCUACAAGAAAGUAAUAUUUGAACCUGAAAAACGCUACGAAAUGUAUCUCGAAAUGAUAAAUAUGCAGAAGAACAAAUUAGGUGACAAAGUGCCAACAUUAGAACGUGACAGAGACGUAAAGUUUACAGUUUGGGAUGUCCAUCGAGUUCUGGCAUUAAAAUUGAUUUUAAAUUAUAAUUUACAAAAUCUUCGAAUAAUGAAAAAGUGGGAAAAAUUUAAACAUUAUUGGACAUCUGAAAUGAUCCAGCGAUAUGGAUUUGUAACUGUGGAUUUAGAAAAUGAAGAAGGAAGCAUAAACUUCAUACACAGGACAUACGCAGAGUUUUUUGUUGCACAAUUUUUUGUUGAGAUGAUUUUUUUUGACGGAAUUGAUGAAUGUGUAGAUCAAGAUGAGCUUAAUGAAGUGGCUAGUUUAUUUAUUGUACUUAUAGAUGAAAUUAAGGAUGAUUUUAGAUUUAAUGAAUUUAGAACAGACAAAUACAAAGUCAUCAAAGACUUCAUGUACAGUUUUAUAGAAAACAACAAAAGUAUUGCCAUAAAUAGCAUCAAAAAUUUUUUAAAAAUUGUUGAACAAAAAGUACCAAAGCAUUAUCUUGGAUCAAGAUUGAAUUGGAUUGUAAAAUUUGCAAAAUUAACUAAGAAUGAUCCUGAAAUCGCACAAAAAUUAUGGAAAGAAGACAAAUCGAAUUUUUUUGAUCAAGUUCUUCUUAAUGACGAGCAAAAUCAGCUCACAGAAGGUUUAAAUGCACUGGAAAAAUAUUUUGGUUCAAGUUGGAAUGAAAUUUUCAAUAAAAAGAACAUAAAGCUUUUAUCUGACGAUGAACUUGAUGCUUAUAAAUGCAUAAAAUUAAAUAAUAAACAGAUGAGAGCUGAUAGAAACUUGCUGAAACUUUGCGAUUUAAUUAACAAAAACUUUGACACUUUAGAGUUGAAAAAAGUUUACGAAAAUUUUCAUUUUAUUGGUUUUGGUGAAAAAGUUCAAAUUGAAAUAAUUACAAAAAUUCACAGCUUUAAGCCUGAUAAAAAAGUGUUUUUUGACAAAUUUAUGUUAAAUUAUAACUAUUGUGAUAUAAAAAUUGGGACGCAGAAGCUAAUUUACAGAUUAAUAGAAGAAGAUUUCAAUUAUGACCGUGAAAUUAUCAGACAACUUUUAUUUGAUCAAAAUCGUUCACAUUUAAAUGAAAUUGCUUGGCAUUUUAGUUUAGAAGUUGAAAUAUUUAUACAAGCUAAAGAUUUUUACAUAAAGUACAAAAAGAAUAAUGAAGAUCUUCAAGAUUUUUUGUUAAAAGAUUCAACUCAUUAUUCAAUUUUUUUUCCAUUUUAUUCACGAUUUUACGAUGAGAGCAAAUCAUUUAUUGUCGAAGUUUUUAACACAAAUAAAGUAAAACUUCAAGAAAAAGUCAAAAAAUGUAUUGAAGAUAAACCUAAUAAUUUUAAGUUUGUUGAGAAAUAUUAUGAGAAUUUUAUAGAUUUCCUGGACUUUGUAUACUCAAAUGACAAAACAAAGAUUCUAGAAAUCUUGAAAAGUGCUUCACUUCUUUAAUGACUGCCAACUGUUUUUUGGAGGAAAGUUUUAAGAUUUUGUUUUAUUUCAAAAAGAAGAUGUUGUAACGAAGUCAUUUUUUUUAUAACAAGACAUAAAAGAAGUUGAAAUAUUUUAAAACAACUAAAGAGUGAAAAGUUUUCUAUUCAAUUUCACAUUAAAUCCCGUUUUAAUCCAAAAUCAUUCAUGAGCUUAAAACAUUAG